CCUGGUGGGAGGACGGGCUCAGGAGAAAAUGUCCCCACGGGAAGGGCUAGGAAAGCAGACGCCUCAUCUAAAUCGCGGUCGCUUUGUGGUAAUUGCCAUACCUGCAGUAUUGUGUAAAUCCUGGAGAGAAAUGUGUGAUUUUUGAUGGGCACAAAAGUCUUCUCUGAAGAGCAUUGUACAGUUACUGAAGGAUGGCAGAAGCAGUGUUGAUUGAUCUCUUUGAUUUGACACUGAACUCUCAGAAAAACUUUCAGACAUUACUGAAGACAUUGAACGCUGUUCCACACCACCAUGCGGCCAAGACCAAGUUCCGCUGCAUAAUGUGUUGCAGUAACAUCAGCUGUGAAAGGAACAGUGACCGUGAUUCUUAUGAUUUAGAAACAAGCAAUGGGUUAUCAGCUCUCUUGAGAGAAUUUGAGACUGUUAGCAAUCCCAGUAUGGCUGCCUUGUUGUAUACCAUUAAACAAAAAAUUGAUGAAAAAAAUCUCAGCAGCAUUAAGGUAAUUGUACCCAUGCACCGGAAGGCAUUAAUGAAGGCUUUUAUUGAUCGACUCUUCACCGAUGUUUACAAUUUUGAGUUUGAAGAUUUACAGGUAACUUUGAGGGGAGGUCUUUUGAAACAGUCCACGGAGAUAAACAUGAUCACAACUCAAGAACUAGAAGCUAUACAGAAUGAAAUAGAAACGUAUUUGAGAAGUCUGCCAGCACUGAAAGGAGAAUUAACCAUUAUCACAUCUCCUUUGAUCUCAGCAGAUAUUUUCAUACAUGGAUUUACUACAAGAACAGGUGGGAUAUCUUAUAUACCAACUCUCAGCUCAUUCAAUCUCUUCAGUAGUUCCAAACGGAGAGAUCCCAAGGUAGUUGUUCAAGAGAAUCUGCGUAGAUUGGGAAGUGCUGCAGGAUUUAAUGUGAAGAAAUUUUACCGAAUAAAGGUAAAAUUGUGUUUCAUAUUUUAGAAGAUCUAAAGUAUAUUAUUGACUCUGCUAAUGUUUAGUGGACUUAAAUCAAGCUACUUAACUUUUGCAUCUGGCGUUUUAUCUAAAACUUUAGGAUAAUGCUUUCAGUUGAUCAGUAUACCAUAGCCUACAAAU